AAUAACUUCUUUUAAGAUAUAUCUAAGACUACUUCAAUAUCUCAAAUCUAUUGAAAAGUAACUCCACAAGUACACGUACAUUAUGUAUAUAAAGUAAUUGUGAAGGUUAAACACGUGAACUAUGGGUAUGAGGUUAUGUAAGAAUCGCUGUUUUUUUUCUCUGUAUCUCCGUAAAAUGAGACGUAACGCAAUCAGCAAAAACAAUAUAUUUGAAUCGAAUGGUAAACUUGGAGAUCAUGAACUUGCAAUAUGAUUCGAAGUUAACUUUAACUUCCUAUUAACUAUCGAUAGGAUUAAACUGCUGUGACUUUGUUUACGUGAACACCGCAUAGAAAACUACAAGGUCGCUUCUAUCAAGGGAAAUAUUGCAUCAUACAUUAAUUCUCAUUGAAACGCAUUGACAACACUUAUAAGGAAGCUUAAUUACUUCAAAUGAACUUUUUAUUUGAAAUUUAACAGUAGGAAAUCAAUGAAUUGGCAAUCUGACAAAUGUCUUUAAAAAAAUUGCAAACGUCACAACACAUUAUUAUUACGUUACCGUGAAGCAACUUCCGUAUAAACAAGAAUGGUUGUGUGAUAGUUGGGACUGCAAAAUGGCUACUGACUACCUUACCUGCGGUCAGUGUCUGAGAGAGUUUCCUCUGCAAUGUAUCACUUUGUUUAUACAGCAUAAGAAACUGGACUGUGAUGAUGACACUGAUAUACAAAACCAAGAUCCAGAACUGAAGUGUAAUUAUUGCCCGCAGGGUUUUAUGACGGCAUGGGCUUUACUUGUGCACGCUCAACUCACACACAAUCUCAAAAUCUUCCUGGAAAAGGCUUCAAAAUCUCUACUCAGUCAAGUAAAAUUAUCAUCAAUUUCAAAUCAAGGUGACUUUAGUCCAAAUACUCUGUCUGCUUCAAGUGUCUCCACAAGUGUUGUAGAUAACAUUGAUAGUACCACAAUAUCUCCUGUAAAGUAUAUAGAAAACUCAGGGACCAGUCUUUCACCAGAAAAGAAUAAAACAGAGGGCCAGUCUACAGUGAGAAAUGUUUCACAGCCUGUACUCCCAUAUUCUAGUCCUGCACAAGGUAAAAUGGGCUCAAAUAUCAUAGUGACAAGAAAUAUUGUAACUGGCUCAAAAGUUGUAGGAGAAAAAUCUGAACUUAACCUUGGUGAAGUGAACUCUGAAAAGGUCAACCCUAGUGUUCCUGUAGUUGCAAACACUCAAAUAAGCUCAGGGCAGAAGUUUAGUCUUUAUCCACUGAACCAGUCCAGUGUCUCUUUACUACCAAAAUUAGGUGUUGUACCAGUCAGUGUAACAUCUGGUCAGAUACAGAGUGGAAACUUUAAAAUGUUGCCAGCAGUAAUUGGUAGAACGCUAAAUCAGACAUCAUCCGAAUCUUUAGUCCACACAACACCAAGUACAUUUAUGACAAUUUUAAAACAAGAGGUAUCACCAAGAAAUAGUGUAGUUGCUGUUAAGAAACCAGUUUCAGAUUGUCAGCAGAUGAACUGUAAUGAAAGCGCCACUAUCUUACUACCAGCUUUGCCUACUGUAGCGUCUGCUUCUCCGCCAUCAUCAACCAGAAUAUCUAAACUAGUGACUGACUCAAGCCCAGUUGAUAUUUGUAAGCCAGUAAAACCAGCUAAUAACCAACCACUGGAAAAUCAAAUGAAUGCCAAAGUCAAUCUGAUUUCUCAGUUUGAUUCAGUAAGUGACCGUCCUCAAAAUAUAAAUGAAAAAGAAAGCAGAGACAGUACCUAUAUGGAAACUGUAGAGGAGGAAACUUCUGCCCCGGAGUGCUGUAACAGCCAGGGAUGUGGCGUGACUGUCAUACCAGGUUCUCAUGAGAAUUUACAGGAGUGCUGUAAUGCUGUGUUGCCAAAGAAACGAAAGAGGCACAUGGAGCAGAAACACAUGCCUUUCUCAUGGAGUUCUAGUCGCUAUGCAAGGAGAAAAAUGCUAUUCAGGUCAAUGUCUUCCAGUGCAGCGAGAUCAACAGCAUCUCAAUCAGUGCCACAAUCUACUGCUGGGACUAUUUUCAUAGAUUUAGAGCCAGAUUCCUCCAAUAGUGGAGAAAAACAAGCAGAUGGUCAAGAAGGUACUGCUUUUAAAGUGACACAGUCUGCCAGUCCAGGUGUAAGAAUUCUUGGGUCAAAUAAUGCGACAAUUCCAACCACUGGGGUACCAGUCAGCCAGAAUAAACCUCAUUCAUUGAUACUCAAACCUGGUGCUGUGUAUUCUAUACCAUUCACAUACACUAUUCCAACUUCAAAGUCUGCUUCAUCAACUAUCUUUCCUUUUUCAAAAGGAGCAAUGUCAUUGGCUAAGCCUUUGACACAGGCUGGAUCCAGUGCUACAGCAGCUGAUGCACCAGGCUUGUCAAUUAUCACAACUGAGGAUGAGAACCAGUCACAUACUACAGGUACUCAUGUAGUGGUUUCCGGCCUAGACAGAAGAGUGGAAGGUCAGACAAUUCAGAAUAUCGGAGGUAAGAGGGGAUCAAGCUCUAAACCAUUCCAGUGUGACAAGUGUACCAUGGCAUUUAACCAGAGAAUACAUUUGAAGAAGCAUAUGAGUAAACACACAGGUAUAAAACCAUAUAAAUGUGGGGAGUGCAAUUAUUCAACUGUGGAGAGAUCUCAUCUUAAAGUGCAUAUCCGUAUACACACUGGUGAAAAACCAUUUAAAUGUACCUACUGUGAGUAUGCGACUGCUCAGAAUAGUACACUUAAAAUACACCUGAAACGUCAUCAUGGCGGCAAAAUGUUCCAGUGCCAGUCCUGUGAGAAACAGUUCACUCAAGAGGAGCAACUCAAGGGACAUGAGUGGGAACAUGCUUCAUCAGGAGCAGCUACUUCCCCUGAACAGAAGUCCCCGGAUGUCAAAUCAGAGGUAAAGGGAACUAGUCAGAUGUCUGUAGUACCUUCAGCAUCCCAGACAAUCACUCCAGCAUUGUCAGCCCCAUCAGAAACUGUGGCAGCAAGCCCAAAGCAAUCGACCAACAACUCUCCACCUCAGACAAGCUUACAGUUGUCAUCAGUCAAACAUACUACAUUGGAAAACAUUCAACAGCUCCAAAAACAAUCUUCGGCACAAACCAACAGUCAAAAUCUUCCUAACAAAUCAGCAGCUCAGAUUGUCAGCCCUAUGUUGUCAACAACAGGAAGUGGAGGUACAAGCUCUCCAGAAAAGGAGGUUUUGGUUUCUCAGCCAGCCAAUCAGCUUCAAGAAUCAAGUCACAUGGACAAUCAUUCUGAAGAAUCAGACAAUCCAGUGAAAGAAGCUUAAUAAUGAGAGAUUAGAGAAAUAAACUAUGUUGGAUUCAGUCAAUAUUAAUUAGGGAAAACAUAAUUACAAUAUCUUGUCAGUGGUAAGCUUGACAUUUUUCUUUCAAACUCAUGUAUACUGUCACCUUAGUGCAGUAAUGGGUUAACAUCCUACUACCAGUAACUUAUAUAAGGAGUUAACCUGUUAGUCCACUAAGAUAACAAUAUAUUAAUAAAUAUAUAUGCAUUACAUUAUACAUCAUUACAAGAACUUAUGAAAGCAAAUUGGGUCUAUCUUGAUAAUAAAAAAAUUAAAAUGCCUAUUUUGAUAAUAUGUGUGCCAGUAUUUGUGUGGUUGGGGUUAUCUUAAGCUAAAAGUGCUUGUAUUUAUUUUGCUCGGAUGUUUUUGUUAAGUUGUUAAUUGUAAUUUAUAUAUUUAAUUUCUGUGAUAAUUUGGCAAUGAUUAUAUAUAAUGAGCCGCAUCACAACAAAACCAACAUAGAUCGUUUGCGACCAGCAUGGAUCCAGACCAGCCUGGGCAUCCGCGCAGUCUGAUCAAGAUCCAUGCUGUUCGCUUACCAACCCUUUUACAAGUAGAGAAACUGAUA